GAAAGGCUCAAACGCUCGACUCCUCAAGACUCCGACCAUGGCCACUUUCUCAUCGACGCCCAUCGUUAUUGAUGGCAAGGGUCACCUCCUUGGUCGAUUGGCCUCCAUCGUCUCCAAGCAAAUCCUUUCUGGCCAAAAGAUCGUCGUCGUGAGGUGUGAAGAGAUCAACAUCUCCGGCAGCUUCUUCCGCAACAAGCUCCGGUACCACAACUUCCUCAACAAGAGGCACAUUGUUAACCCCAAGAAAUCCGGCCCCUUCCACCACCGAGCCCCCUCCAAAAUCCUCUAUCGUGCUAUCCGCGGAAUGGUGCCCCACAAGACUGCACGAGGUGCUGCCGCUCUUGAACGCCUCAAGUUGUUUGAAGGUGUUCCCCCACCAUACGAUCGAAAGAAGCGAAUGGUUGUCCCCGAAGCUCUGCGAGUUCUGAGGUUGAAGCCUGGUCGCAAAUAUUGCACCGUGAAGCGUCUGUCUCACGAAGUCGGCUGGGGUUACAAGGAUGUUGUUGAUCGUCUCGAAGAGAAGCGAAAGAUUAAGGCUCAGGCCUUCCAUGAGCGCAAGCUUGCCGCCAUCAAGCUGCGCCAAAAGGCAACCGCAGACAACUCGUCGUCAUUCCCUCAACUCACCCAGUUGGGAUACUAGGGGUAUACAUAGCAUCUGUACAAGCGAAAUGACCAUGCCGUUCGUUCUCUAUGCACAUUCAGCUGUAACCCUGCGAGUUUUAUGUCUACACUAUGCCACACGAUUAUUGCC